UCUGGAUUCUUGGUUCUUUUGCGCAGCGUGGCAAGCAAGAGCUGUACCUUUGCGCAUAGACACGUACCCCCUCCAAAUCGCGUUAAAUUGUAGCGUUUUUAUAGAAUUUUACCACUUUUAAUUCGUAUUUUUUAACCUGGGAUUAUUGUUAACGAAAAAUAGCCGCUUCCUUAGUCAUUCGGCGUCAUGACUUUCCCCAAAACCGCCUUCUUUUUUAGUUGAAUGGAACCCUACGUUCCCUGCGUCGCUCGCGUUUGGCACAGUUUCGCCUCUCCUUUUCGCUGCUACUGCUCCGAACUAUCACGCAGGACUUUUGAAUCCCGUGGACCUCUUCGUACGCGAUUUUAUUAAUGGUUUAACCGCGAAAAAUCCUUCUUCUUCAGUCUGAGGAGCUGCAAAAGAAGAGACAGCCACCACGACGCCAGCAGAUCUCCCAUAGUGUGAACUACAGGGUUUAGGCGAUGGGGGGAUCCAAGAGUAAGUCUAAGGACGUGGGCCAGAGGACGCGCAGCCUGGAUGGACCCCUCGGCUCUGGGGCGGGGGCGGGCGGACCCUCCCUGAGCACCACACAGACCUCCACAGUCCCCAACCGCAGCCCCACCAUCGACGGAGGUCUGAACUCACAGCACCACGGUGGCACCCCAGAAAUCAAGCUCUUCGGAGGGGUAGACACCAACAACAUGACCUCCCCCAACCGGUGCACUAUAGCAGGAGGAGUGACAACAUUUGUGGCUCUGUAUGAUUAUGAGUCCAGGACAGCCUCAGACCUGUCCUUCAGAAAAGGAGAGCGGCUGCAGAUCGUCAACAACAUGAGGAAGGUCAACUGCAGAGAGGGAGACUGGUGGCUGGCGCGGUCCCUCGCCACUGGAGAGAGCGGAUACAUCCCCAGUAAUUAUGUGGCUCCAUCGGACUCCAUCCAGGCAGAAGAGUGGUACUUUGGCAAAAUAACUCGGCGAGAUUCAGAAAGACUGCUGCUCAAUUUGGAGAACAGAAGAGGGACGUUCUUAGUCAGAGAGAGUGAGACCACCAAAGGUGCCUACUGUCUGUCUGUACUGGACUAUGACAACACCAAAGGACUGAACGUGAAACAUUAUAAGAUCAGGAAACUGGACUCAGGAGGAUUCUACAUCACCUCACGCACACAGUUCCUCACACUGCAGCAGCUCGUCAACCACUACCGCAAGCACGCAGACGGCCUGUGCCACAGUCUUACAGAGAUCUGUCCAGUGUUAAAACCUCAGACUCAGGGUUUGUCCAAAGACGCCUGGGAGAUCCCCCGAGAGUCCCUGCGCCUGGACCUCAAACUGGGCCAGGGCUGCUUCGGGGAGGUCUGGAUGGGUACUUGGAAUGGUACGACGCGGGUGGCCAUAAAGACGCUGAAGCCGGGCACCAUGUCUCCUGAAGCUUUCCUGCAGGAGGCGCAGGUUAUGAAGAAACUCCGACAUGAGAAACUGGUGCAGCUGUACGCAGUGGUGUCAGAGGAGCCCAUCUACAUCGUCACAGAGUACAUGACCAAAGGGAGCUUGCUGGACUUCUUGAAAGGAGACAUGGGUAAAAUGCUGCGUCUGCCUCAGCUGGUGGACAUGGCUUCACAGAUUGCUUCAGGGAUGGCGUACGUGGAGAGGAUGAACUAUGUGCACAGAGACCUCAGAGCCGCUAACAUCCUGGUGGGAGAUAACCUGGUUUGUAAAGUGGCAGACUUUGGCCUGGCUCGGCUCAUAGAGGACAACGAGUACACUGCAAGACAAGGAGCAAAGUUUCCCAUAAAGUGGACGGCCCCUGAGGCGGCGCUGUACGGACGCUUCACCAUAAAGUCUGAUGUGUGGAGCUUUGGGAUCCUCCUCACUGAGCUCGCCACCAAAGGGAGAGUGCCCUAUCCAGGGAUGGUAAAUCGUGAGGUUUUAGACCAGGUAGAGCGUGGGUACCGGAUGCCCUGCCCCGCAGAGUGCCCGGAGUCUAUGCACGAGCUAAUGCUGACCUGCUGGAGGAAAGAGCCAGAGGAGAGGCCCACGUUUGAGUACCUGCAGGGCUUCUUAGAGGACUACUUCACCUCCACAGAGCCCCAGUACCAGCCCGGGGAAAACCUCUAAAACACACACCACCUAUGCACAUGUACACUGCAAAAAGAGGGAAACGUGCAAGUUAAAAUUAUUUAAAUUCAGAAUCUUGACUCAAAUGGUCCUGACUAGUAUAAAUGUAUUUACUUACAAAGUCCAAGUUCUUUGACUGGUUUCUAUAUUUUGUGCUUCAUCAUUUUAAUAAUAGUGGCAAUUAUUUUGUAAAAUCUGUGAAGUUCUUUUGACACUCACUACGUUUAUAUGAUGACCCAAAAGUGGCAUUGUGUCUUCACUUUUUAUUCCGCAUUUAGACGAGCGUUUUCGGGAGGAAAUCUGUGACAGUGACGCAAAAGUGUGUGGAAUUCGAUUGGGUAUGCAUGCCAGGUGACUAGGUGGUGACAAUAGGUGGUGAUGUAUGUGACAUGAACGUGUACGUGACAUGAGCAGAUUUGACCAGAGUUUUGCGUCUUGGGCAAUGAAGACGGAAAUGCUAAGGCAGAGCGAAAGGCACUUCUGAUAAAAUAUUUUGUCGUUUUUACCCGCAAGCGUUUUCGUGUCAACAGCUAGAGAUGGACAGAGGAGCCAAAACUUUUUCAUUAUAUUACUUAAAUAGAAUUUACCCAAAUAAUUAAAUAAAAGUCAAAAGUAUUUAGAGAAACUACUAUGAGAGUCCAUUUGAGCAUAACAUGUACUUAAAAUAAGAUUUCUGAUUUAUGUAUGUUUAUGUAAUUAGAAGACAGAUGUGAAAAAAUUACACAAAUUAAGUACACAAAAAUUAAGGAAGCACAAAUGGUCUAAUGAUCUAAUGUUGUUACCACUGGAAGACUUCUUCUCAGUGGGAAUAAACUAAGUUACUUAAAAGUACUAUUACUACUUAAACUAAAUAUUACUAAAGUAAGAUAAAGUGUCAGACAUCCACUCCUCAAAUAUAACUUCUCAAAGCAUUACAAAACAAGUAAGUGUAAGUGAGUACAAUGCACCUCUGUUCUGCACACUGCAUCAUUCAUUCUCCUUUACUCAGUGAUAGUGGCUAUUAUAGCUACAGCUGUCCUGGGGCAGACUGAUGGAAGCGAGGCUGCCAAUCUGCACUAUUGGUCCCUCCAACCACCACCAAUCACACUCACACCACAUCCAUGCUAUAUGCAAGGUGGGUGAAGUGUCUUGCCCAUUAUGUAAUUCAAGUAAGAACAAAAAGGCACUAACAAAAUGACUCAAAAAAGAUACUAAUUUAAGAUUCUGAAUUUAUGUAAUUUCAACUUCCACUUUCCUUUCUGCUGCAUAAAGGACUUAAUUAUAACACAUGUAAAAUGUUAACUUUGAGUACAAUCACUAACAUGGACAUCUGUGGGAUCGAUGAGGACUGCACGACUUUUACAGGAAUUACGGUAAUUUCCAGCAAAGCAAAGCAAAAAAAAAACCUAAGGAAAAGACCUUUUUUUCUUCAAAAUAAUGUCCACAAAAGACCAACAACCUUCCUUUGGAGACAUCAUGAUAAUAUAUUUUUAUCUUUCUGAAAAUGUGCUUUGUAACCACAGCAACAACUAACUAUUAAUUUAAAAAAGGACUUGGCAAAAAAGCAGGAGAAUUGUUGAUAGAAUUUCACGAUCACACUAAAAAUAUGUAAAUAAAAAGGCUUGGGAUGUGUUCACGCACUUCAAACUUAACACCUGAUGCAAUUUUUUCUCAAUGGAAAAACAUUUUGGAAAAUUUAAAAGAAAAUGACUACAAAUGUGUUUUUAUUUUUGAAUUUUGGGAUUAACUGGAUAAUUUUGACGUGUACAACUCCCCUAUAGUUCUUCCUUUUAAAUGACAGCUCUGUAUUUUGGGCGAAUAAUAUUUUUAUAAAUAAUUUUUUUUUUUCCAUUUGUGGAUGUGGACAUAGAGCCUAUCACAAAAAGAAAGAAGAGGAUUCAUGUGGCAUUUUUUUGACUUCCAAACAAAUGGCUACUGAUCAAUGCACUGCAAAAAAAUGUAGAAAUGAUUUGAAUUCAGAUUAAGAAGCUUGGUUUGAGUAAUUUUGAGUAGUAUUUUAUUAAUUCAAGAUAAGUUUUAAUAUAUUGAUAGUUUUUAAAGGCGCACUAUCUAACUUCUGGUAGAUGCUUCCUGCUUGUCUCUUUGGAGUUUCGCCUGGAAUGUUUCACGGUAUAGCAUUAAAACAUGGCUAUCUUGGUUUGUAGCUGUGUUUUUAUUGCUUAAAAAAUUCUUACUGAGAGUCACCUUUCCACAGAUCUGACCUGUAAUUUGGGCCGGUUGGUGUCACCUACUUGUUUCCAUGGAGGCGCAUAAGUGUAAUGCUGUAGUGAGGAACAUUUUAGGCAAUAGAGACAAGCAGCACCUUUAGGAUCAUGCCUUUUAUGGUCUAAUAACAAUUUGUCCUUCUCUUAUUUAUGGCAAAACACAACUUUUGUUUAGUGCAGUUUAUUUACUGUAACUAGAAAUACAUAUGUCAGGUACUGUUAAAAGAUUAAAAAGUUUCAGUUUUAAUUAAUGUGAUGCCAUAAGCAGAAUAUUUAGGAAUAAAAAAACAAAAAAAAUAUUAAUACAACUUAAAUUAUCUUGUUUUAGUAAAUGAAUACACAUAAAACUAGUCAACACUACUCUACUACAAAAGGCAAUUGUUCUGAAUCUGAGUCAUUUUAAGUGUUUUUUGCAUUGUAAAAGUGAUCUCAGGUGGAGAAGACAUGUUUCUGCUGCAUGUACCUUUGUGCCAAUGAAAACCUGCUCUUUUUUACAGUGCAUUGUGUAAUUAAAGUGUAUUUUGGUACAACUUAUUAAUAACUCUGAAAAAAUGACAAUGUUUUAACAAAUAUAACUCACUUUUGUAGGUUCUUCCUUUUGGCUUAUCAGCAUCGGUGUCUGGUGCUGAAUCAGGAACACUUAAAUUUCCUUUAAUUUGUAUCAGAUUUUUUGCAUAAUUGUAUCUUUGUAUUAUAAUUGUUUUUAUUUUGUUUGAAAUGGUUUUUAGAGCGUCAUUAUACACUGGAGAUGGACACUGCAACAAGGAAAAGCCUAUCUACAUUUAGAAGUUAAAAUGAUUUGAAUUCAGAAUCUGGAUUUGAGUUCUGACUAGUUUUGAUGUAUUUAGGCCACUAUGAAACAUGUGUAAAUCAUGAUUUUACAAUAUUUAUCUAAAAUAUUUUUUUAAAACAAUAGGUGCAUUACGGUGGCAUCGUAGUUAGUAUUCUCGCCUCACAGCAAGACGAUACCUGGUUUGACUCCCAGGACUUUUUGUGUAGUUUGCAUGUUCUCUCUGUGUCUGGGUGGGUUUCCUCCAAGCACUUAACUCAUCAACCCAAAACAUACAGUGUGCCCUUAAAAAGAUGCAAAUCUAUAAGUGGUUUUAAUAUAUUUUCUAGUAAUUAAGUUUUCAAAUGUAGGUCUAAGUAAAGUAAAUAAAGUAGGAAUGUAACAAUAACGGAAAUAUCGUGAUAUCGUAUUUUCAAAGUUCUAACAAUAAUAUCGUGGACCAUCACAAUAUAUCGAAUUACAGGUCUCUUUGCUUAAAUUGAGAGUUAUGGUGCAGAAAUAGCUAAAAAAAAAAAAAAAAAAAAAAGACAGAGGGAACUACAUAGACCAUGAUCCUUUGCUCCAUUUCAGUGCAGAUUACAAGAAGAAAUAACAGUUGUAAGCACUUUUAAGUCUUAGUUCUUUUGGAUUAAGUCUUGUCAAGGCAUUUUAAGAGAAAAAGUAGCAUAUUGUUACAUCUCUAAUUGUGAGCUUCCCACCAUAUCGUGAGUUUUCCCACGAUAUCACAAUAAAUAUCGUACCGUGAGGUUCAUACUGUGACAAUAUUGUAUUGUGAGACUUGGAUAUCGUUACAUCCCUAAAAUAAAGCAAAACUAGUCAGAACUACUCAAAUCAACAACACAAUCUUGAAUCCAAGUGAUUUGGAGUGUGUGUAGAUACAAUUUUUUGCAGUGUAGUAGCUGUACAAGAGUGCAUGACACAAGUAGUACCAGUAGAGGGCAGUGCAGGGACAGUCCCGAAACACUGUAAAUACAAAUUGUUUUAAUAUUCUGUAAAUAUGAUUUUAUAAUUUAUUCCACACAAAAGUUUAUUUUACUUCCAGCUUCACCAUCACCAACGCUUCCCUCUGGUACGUUUAUGGGUGAAAUCCUAUUUUUGCAAGUUUAAAAUUCUACAGUAGUUUGAUCUUUGGAGUGUAUAGGCCUACUGUAUUUUUGUAACUUUGACUUUUGGUUGUACAUUUUGUAUGACUGAUAAUAAACUGUAAAGCCUGUUGGUUUAAAGUACAGAUGUAAGGAAAAAAAAGUUACGAUAAUUAUAAUAUUUUUAAUCAAUUUCUUCCAUUUUUGCAUCUGUAAUGACGUGAUGCACUGCAAAACAUAAUAUUCACAAAAGGUCAAAUGACUUCAGUUCAGAUUUUGAGCAGAUUUAAAUAUGCAAUGUCCUUAUUAUACUUAUACUAAAUAUAAAUUGAAGGACUUUUCACUCAUUCAAAUAUACAGAUUUUGUUUUGAAUUGUGACAACACUUGCAGUUUAUCAUCAUUCUGAAAACAUAGAUAUCAUAUUUUUAAGAGAUCCACUGAUAUGGAGUUUUUCAUGGUCGAUGCCAGUACUGAUUAGAAUUCAGAGAAAAUGAUGACCGAUAAGCUCUGCAGAUACUUUUUGGCUUACAUGUAGGACCCCCAUGAAUAUAUAUUUUUUAACUGAUUUAAUUCAAAUUUACCACAAACUCAUCCAUACGCUGGGUUAAUACAAGCUGGAUAAGAGAGCAGCAUAAUCACAUUUUGUGCAGUAUUGUGUUGGGGCUAGUGUUCAAAUAAAGCUUGAUAGAUAUUCUUAUAUAUACUUCACAUAAUUUCAUAAAACCUGUCAGAAAUGUUUUGAAAAAAAAGUUGUGAUAAGUGAUACAUCUUAAUUUGCCAGAACGACUCAAAUCGAAUCCUGAAUUCAAGUCACUUACCUUGUGUGGAUAUUACUUUUUCUUUUUUUCUUUUCUUUCUUUGUUUUGUUUUUUUGACAGUGCAGCACUUUAAAACACAUCUUAAUAACACAGGUCUGUAUCUCACAUAGGGCCUCUGAAGUGUUGCAGGCGUUACAAAGGCUAUGCAGUAUUUUUCAUUCCUGAAUUCUCUUUUCUACUGUUUUUCAACUGAAAUAUGAAACUGUUUAUUCUGUACCAAUGAAUAUGGACUUUGUUCAAAAUUUAAAAUCAGUUUGAAUAAAAUUUGUAUUGAGAAAGAAAGGCCA